CACACGCACACACACUCACACAAUGACCAAGUCCCAGUGGCUGAUCGACCUCGAGCGCGACGGGUACGUUGUCGUCCCCGGCGUUGUUGGCCCCGAGGCCUGCGCCGAGUUCCAGGAGAAGGCGGUCCAGUGGAUCGAGGCGUUCGGGUACGGCUUCAAGCGCGACGACCCGAGCACCUGGAAAACGGAGCUCAUGCCCUUUGGCCACCAUGGCGGCAUGUACAACCGGUACGGCGGCGUCGUGCACGAGGACUUUGUGUGGAAGAUCCGCACCGAGCCCGGCAUCCUCAAGACGUUUGCCGAGAUCUGGGGGACGGACGAUCUGAUUGUGUCGUUUGAUGGCAUGAACGCGACGACGCCGCUGGGGCCUGGUGGAAGGACAGACAUCCAGCCUACGCGGCCUUGGCCUCACAUCGACCAGAACGUCCGCCGCAUCGACCGCUUCGAGCUGUACCAGGGCAUCGCCAACCUCGGCCUCAACGGCCCCGACGACGGCGGCCUGGUAGUCAUGAAGGGCAGCCACCUGCUGCACGAGCGCCACUUUGCCGAGCAGGGCGGCUGGCGGCCCGAGGGCGACAAGGGCGAGAAGGAGAACUCGUACUUGUUCUCUGAUGACGAGUGGGAGUGGUUCAAGAAGGCCGGGUGUGAGACGGUCAAGGUGUGCGCGAACCCCGGGGACUUGAUUCUCUGGGACUCGCGCACAGUCCACUGGAACCAGUCCCCCACGGGCGGCAACUGGCGUUUCGCAACCUACAUCUGCUACUCGCCGCGCAGCCUCAUGUCCCCCGCGGACCUGGAGAAGAAGAAGGCCAUCUUCGACGACCGCAAGGGCACGACCCACUGGCCGUACCUCAACGUCGUCAUGGCCGACCGUGAUCUGACGCUCGAGCCAGAGGCCGUGCCGCGCAAGCCGGACGGGAGCAUCGACCACAUGAACCGCCGGCCGUUCAACGAGCCCCCGCUGUCGAGGGAGGUGCUGGGCUUGGUCGGCGUUCGGGCUUAGUGUCGCGUGUGACGGGGUUGGGAGUGAGUGGGUAGCAGAGUGUAGAAGUAUGAUACAGUAGGACAAUGAGGAUGUAAGCAGCACUUCUCGA